GACGACCAUAUAUACAUUCAUUCUUUCAUUCAAGCUAUUUCGCAUUAUUCAAUUGCUAUUUUAUUCUUGAUCAAGUCAUUGUCGCAUUAUUCAAUUACUUUUAGAUUAGUUUAUUUAUAGCGUAAACAACUUGGCACCGUCUGUGGGAGAUUCGUGCAAAGAAGGAUCGGUCAUGGUCGGAAACACAAAUUCUCUGCUGAUUGAGUUCCACGAGCAACUAGAGGCUGCCAAGGAAGAAAUCCGGCAUGAGAUGGCUCAGCGGAUCGCCUACAUCCAACGAGCAAACGACGUGUUGUGCUCUCAAGUCCAGUCGGUGGCAUUCAUAGCCUCAACUCAAGAUUCAACCGAAGGAGUACGUGACACCAUGAAAGCAACGACGAGAUUGGAAUUGGGCUUUACCCCAGUUUCGACCGAACCAUUUGCCAAUACGACAGAGUCGUUAUCUUUCACAUUGGACAUGUCACCGACCGGUGAUCCUCAAUCCACGUUCAUCUCGCAAGUCAUAUAUACCUUAAUUACGAGUCCCUUUUCUGGAGACAACUCCUAUUCCGAAUACCCUGACGUGUUUCUUUCCAGAUUCACUAUGAAGUCGGCCUAGGACAACAUGUCUGCAUUUGAUUACUCAGAGCAUGCCAACCUCAACUACCAUGUUGGCUCCGACGGAGCCAUUUGUCCCUCAGUCAAGGUCGAGAGUGUUCAUGGAUCCAGGACCGUCGAAUCAAUCUGUUCCCAUGCCAAAUCCUCGACAAAAUAUAUUCCAGAACCUCAAAGGCAAUGAGUUCCGAAACGUGUCAACAUCUCGGGUCAAAGGCAACAAUUCCAGUGGGGCAAUCACUGUGGUCGGCGGUGCAGUCACUGUGGUCGGUGGGGUCACUUUCGCUAGAGUCACUUUGCCCGGAGUCACUUUGCAUUGUAGGGUUAAUUGUGAUGUUGGUCACAUUUUUGGAAUUUUAAAAAACAGAUCACUUUUUUAUCUUUUAUCAUAUUUUUAGUAAUAUUGGAAUAAAAAGAUCCUAAAACUUUGUGAAAA